AAAAAAAACGUGGCAUGAGUGAAAUUUAUUAAAAAUAUUUAAAAAAAAAAUUAAAAAGUGAUAAAAAAAAUUUUUUUUUUAAACAAAAAUGAAAAAUUUUAAUUUUUUUUCAUUUUUCUCAAUUUUUAUUUUGAGAAUUUUUCCGAUAAUUUGUGCAAAUAAUGCCACAUCAAGAACUCGCCUCACGCAAAACGAAACGAAUUUAUUGCUGCAAAAAUUUAAUCUCUUAACAUUUUCCAACAACGACGACAUCGAUGACUGGUUCGAUCGAUUAAACGAACAACACCGACUUUUAUCGCAGAUUAUUGCUGCAAUUGCAUGGGAGUUGAGCAUCAAUCCCUCUGACCACUUAAACUCCGAUGGCGUGGAGCUAACAACCAUAAAAUCGCAAUGGCGCAAUUUACGAUGCGACGAAGCAAAUUUCAUCAGCACCAAAUUCCAUUCAGAGCUUACACGUGAUCAAUUCCGGAUGAUUUAUCUUCUUUGUAGAGGACCUAAAUUCACAAAUUAUCAAGCAAGUGAACUGAAUCAAAUAAUGGGAAAAAUCUUCGAAAUCAACACAGAAACGGAAGUUUGUGUCAAAAAAGACCUCGACUUUUGCCGCAAAAUCCAUCUUUUACCGAAAAAUACUUACAUGAAGACUGAAAAGGGCGAAUUUUAUCGCAUUGGUGACGCAGAAGUGCCUGAAAAAGUAGAAAAUGCCAAUGCGAGUGAUUACAUUUGCAUGAAAAAUGAACCUGAUAUGGAAAAAAUCAUCAAAGGAGAUUUCAGUCCAUUUGGUGAACUCAGAUGCUUAUUGCCACGCGACAUGAUCUUCCGUUGGGCUUGGGAGUCGGUUCGUCAAGCGAUAGGACCUCGUAUCGGCACUUUAUUCUCCGAUGCCAUCCCAAUAAUGAAUGUUGGUGCCAAAAACAAUGGUUAUCGUGACCUCAGCGAAGUUUGGAUCGAAGAACUGGAUGUUCCUAAUUUGAAAUGUACUGCUGAUAAUUUGUUAAUGGACAUCAAUCCGUUGUACACGAAGCUUUUUUCCGUCGCUCGACACGUUUUACUCGAAAAAUAUCCCAAUGUUCGAGGUUUUACCUUCAACAGCUUGAUUCCUGCUGACAUUUUCGGCAACAUGUAUGCCCAGGAUUGGUCCUCGCUGAUCCCGGAUUUGAUUCUGCCCUAUGCCGAAGUCGAUUUGAAUGACAGACUCUCGUUAACAAAGUGGAAUGUACGCGAUAUGGUGCGUCGCAGUGAAGAUUUUUACUCGUCCCUUGGAUUAUUUCCCAUGACGGAGGCUUUUUGGCAGAAAAGUAUCUUCGAACAGAGCUCAAAUGUCUCAAAGUGUCACGGAUCUGCGGCAAAUAUGUACGAAAAAGGUGAUUUUAGGAUGAUUGUGUGUGCGGAAAAGACCAUCAAUGACCUUUACACCAUCGUUCAUGAAAUGGGUCACAUCGAAUAUUACAUGAACUACGACCAACAACCGUCAAUUUUUCAAGAUGCAACUUCGACAGCCUUUGGUGAGGCAGUUGGUGACUCAAUUUUCACCGCAAUGAUGACACCGCAGCAUCUUUCGCGUCUCGGACUCAUCGAAGACAAAUAUUUAUACCACACACAAGACGAAGCCUUCACCGAGGAGUACCUUUGUGGCAUCUAUUGUCGCCAAGAACAGCAAGAUCGCAUCGUGGAAGAGAUAAAAAUUGAAUUAGGCGAUCGUUUUCUCACAGAUUUGGAGACUCUUGGAACAAAUAUUCCCGAUUACGAGCUAAUUAACGAAAAAAUACGCGAAAAAUAUAAAGACAAGCCAAAAACUAAUCAAAUUAGCGCCUUUGACGUUACCUUAUUGAUCCACAUGGCUCUAGCAAAAGUCCCGCAGAUCCCAUUUUCCUACAUCAUGGACACUUUUCGAUGGGAUUUGUUUAGCGGAAAGGUCAAAUACAGCAAAGCCAACGAACAUUUUUGGACAAUCACGAAACGAGAAUCCGGAAUUAAGCCUCCUGGUAAUCCGCCGGAAAGGAAUCCGGAUGCCUUUGAUGCUGGCGUAAAAUUUCACUUUGCUGACAAUAUUCCGAUGAUGCGAUAUUUUUUGGCGAGUUUCUUGCAAGCGCAAAUUUUUAAAGGAUUAUGUGAAGUCACUUAUUUUGGAAAAAUCGUCGCUGGAAAGGAAAAGUUGCCGAUGCCGUUGCACCGAUGUGACAUUUAUGGAUCUAAAAAGGCGGGAAAAUUGUUAAAGAAAGCUCUCUCGAUGGGUGCCUCCCGAAAUUGGUCUGAAGUGCUAUUUACCAUCACAGGAGAGCGUGAAAUUAAAGCAGAUGCGUUGUUGGAGUACUAUAAACCAUUGGAUGACUUUUUGGAGAACUUAAUCUUGAAAUAUGACAUUCCUUAUGGAUGGAUUGGUCCAGUGUAAA